AUGAAUAGUUCUAGAACAAUGAAUUCCGUUUAUCCGAUCCAUAGCACAGAAGAUUAAGCAUACCUAGAGAUAAGUAUACGUUUAGGUUUCACGUAAAUUAAGUGCGGCCAUAAGUAAACCAUUAGAGAUUUUAAGAAUACCAAAGACAAUUACUGAUCACCUUAACUGUGCAUUAUUGCUGGACAUACUCUAUCUCUCCCAGCUUUAUCAUUCUUAUUUAUAUAGAUCAAUUAUUAAGAAGUAAGAAUAAUUCAAAUCCCCAAGCAAUAUUCUAGUUUACAAAAAUAAUGAAUUUUAUUUUUGCUAUAAACAAGAAAAAUCACUUGUUGAUUUACUUUAAGAAUUGUUAAUUUUAUUUUCUUGAUAUUUAUUUGAAGCUUCUUAUUGAAUAAAAAGUAUCAAAGUAUUGUACUUAUCAAUUAUUUCCAAGAAUUAUUUAUUAAAAGCUCCUAUUAUAUAGUCAUUCCAAAAGAUGCUGUAGAGUUUGUUUUACAGCUAAAUAAGAAGCGAAAUCUAUAUAAAAGCCCUAUUUGAAUAUCCCUUAGACAACAGAGCUAAUUUGA